AUGGUAUUCAAAGAUAAGCGGAAGUUUGACGAUGAAGCUCAAAAUACCAGUUCAACACCGAAGCAAAGGAAGGUGAUUGGACCUUCUCUCCCUCCUACAGCUCCGACAGCAGACGCAACAGAUAGCAGCGAGAGCGAUGACGAUUUCGGCCCAAGUCUGCCUCCUUCCGAUCUCUUGUCGGGCUCUAAUGGGCCUGAAGCCGAAGCUUCUGGUGUAAUUGAAGGGCCUAGUGUGACUGAAACGGCGGAAAAGGAGAACCAACGUGAUCAAUGGAUGUUACAACCUCCAACCCAAUCCGACUGGGCUUCCAAGAUCGACCCCACGCAACUACGGAGUCGCAAGUUCAAUACAGGAAAGUCAGCGACUGCAACCAAGAAGAUGGACUCAUCCUGGGUUGAGACCCCAGAAGAGCGAAUGAGGCGCCUACAGGAUGCAGUGAUGGGCAUCGGCGCCUCAAAGAAUCAAGCUCGGGGUGAGGUGGUAUCCAAUACAAAGUCAAAGGAAGACCAGAUUAGACGAUACAAUGAAAAGAAUAGGACAGUCAAACUGGGAAGCUCUGAGCAGGCUCAAAAAGAAGAUGACGAUCCUAGUGCACGGGCAUUUGACCGGGAGAAGGAUAUGGCUGUUUCUGGCAAAAUCUCUAGUGCACAGCGCCGGGAGAUGGUAAAGAAAGCUGCGGAUUAUGAUACACGUUUUACAAAGGGGAACUUCUUAUAG